AUGAGUCAAGUUCAGAUCGACUGCGAAAAGUCGGUCUACAAGGUCUUGAUGGAGAACCGACAUCCCCAUAUUAUCCAUGCCGUCUUACAGCUUUCAAGCGCGCUAUCCUGGCUUGAGCAUCUCGGUUUCGCCCACGGGGAUCUCAGGCCUGCCAAUAUCUUUCUGAGCCAGGAAGAAGACAUUAGACUGGGUGAUUUCGACUGCACAGUUAAGACCGGGGAGAAGUUGAAGGCUGGAGGCGGUUCUUACGGCAAACUGUACGAAAACCACCAGUUCCCCGACGCCGGCCCAAUGACCGAACAGUACUCUCUUGGGUCCUGCAUCUUCACUAUCCAGUUUGGCCAUGAGCCCUGGCACGAGAUCGAUGAGCCUCAAAAGAUCCUCAAGCUCAUCAGGAAUGGGUUUCCCGAUGCUUCAGGGGACGAGUUAUUUGGAGAGAUUAUUCAAAAGUGUUGGUUUGGAAAGUACGAUUCGAUGCGUGAGGUUGAACAAGACAUUCUCAGCCAGCUGGGCUUAGAGGAGGCGCAGAAUGACUGCUCGGGUAUCGAUGAAGAGUUUUCGUCGAUGCUCGUAGCUGAGUGCGAGGCAUUCCUUGAGGCUGAAUCGAGAAAGUCAUGA